UUCAAAAUAAUCAAUACUUUCGUCUGGGGCUUAAAUAGGGCCUGUAGAUACGUUGGACAUAAAAGUUUUGCGUCCUCUAAACUUAUUUAGUUGUUGCUGAUAGCGAUAACUUUGGUAAAAUGAAUAUUCCUUUUCCAAUAAUAUACCCUCACAUGAUCUGCCCUGAUUGGUUUAACUCUGAUAGACCCUAUGAUGAAGAUGCUGAAUUAACAAGAAUGGAGCAAGCAAAUCAACGUUGGCUUAACUCAGUAGCCAAGAAGUACAUGAAACAUACACCUAUAGAAAAACCAAAUCCAGAGCCUAUGGAAGAGGCUGAAACUGAUGAUGAUGUUUUCAUUGUCACAGGCAAUGAUGAUCCAGAGGAAUCGGAGGAGUCUCAUGAUGUUGAUGAAGUAGAAGAAAUUCCUACUACUACCACAACAACCACUACUACUAUUGAUGACUCUCCACCAACAAACCUUGAUGGAGAACCAGAGAGUCUUACAGAGAGUCCCGAAGAAGAAAGCCCUGAAGAAGAAAGUCCUGGAGAAGUCAGCCCUGCUGAUACAGAUGAUCUUGAAGUAGAGGCUACUCUUUGGCCCUAUGAGGCUCAAGAUGAAUAAAUACCAAUUAUGCGAUUUCACAUACUUUCAUUAUAUAUGUAUGUUUGCAAUCGCACAUAAUACAGUAGUAACUUCUAGUAGUACUAUCCUAUUUCCUUACAUAUGAUACCUAUGAUAUUUAUAUCUUAUGCAUGUAUUUGCCUAGUUUAUUUGAUGGCCUGGCCACAUUUGUAUUAGGGUAUAUUUUGGUUUAACCAAAUAAAAAUAAAAAACACUAGUCAUAUAUUUAAUUAUUUUAAAGAGUUUUUAUUAUUUUGUGAUUAGGUAUGAAGUGAUUUAAAUAUUGUAUAUCAUAUUUUAAA